AGUCGACGCUUGGUUGUUGUCGCAGUGUUAACUGUCCUUUACUCUGUUUUCUGCAUUUUUGCUCUGUUUUUUUGUGAUGCUAACAAAGUUGAAAUUAUAGUGUUUUUUUUCUUCUUUCUAUACCGAUCGUACACAUAUGGAGAAUUUGUCAAGUGAAAAAGGCGAAAUGAUCGAACAGCCUUUGUUGUUAGAUGAUUCCGAAAUUCAAAAGGGUGGAUUCAGAACUUUACCUUUCAUCCUUGGAAAUGCAGCUUUGACGAAUGCGGCGACGUCAGCUCUAACUCCUAAUAUGAUUCUGUAUUUGAUGAAUGAAUAUCACAUGGAUAUGACUACUGGGUCCAAUACCAUCUACAUCUGGUCAGCAGUUACCAACAUCGCUCCCGUUGUUGGGGCCUUUAUGGCAGAUUCUUUUGUGGGUCGCUUCCAGAUGAUAGGAUUGGGAUCUGUUGUCACCCUUGUGGGGAUGUUUCUGUUUUGGCUGACAUCAGUGAUUCCACAAGCAAGGCCUGCACCCUGUGUCGAUUCCAACAGCAUUUGCAGAUCAGCAGAGAUGUUCCAACUCUUCUUCCUGUGUUUCUCUUUGGGCAUCGUUGCCAUUGGAGCAGGUGCAAUCAGAUCAUCAUCUUUAGCAUUUGGUUCUGAUCAGUUGAAACGGGAGGUAUAUCAAGAAAAUGCACGUUUAAUAGAGAGAUACUUCAGCUGGUACUAUGCCUCCUAUGCUUCAUCUAUCCUGGUUGCUCUCACGUGUCUUGUUUAUAUCCAAGUCAACAUGGGAUGGGCUUUAGGUUUUGGAGCUCCUGUUUUGCUAAUGUUGUUUUCAACUCUUUUAAUUUAUUUGGGUACUCCUUUCUACGUGAAGCUGAAGCCUAAAUCGAGCUUAAUCAUUGGCUUUUUUCAAGUGAUAGUUGCCUCUUAUAGAAACAGAUGUCUCAGAUUGUCGUCUCAGAGUGCAGGUGUACUAUACCAUCAGAAAAAAGGGUCAACCAUAGUUCUUCCAAGUGAAAAACUAAGGUUUCUGAAUAAAGCUUGCAUUGUACAAGAUCCUCAACUAGAUUUGAGUCCAGAUGGAGAAGCAACAGAUCCUUGGCGUCUUUGCACUGUAGAUCAAGUAGAGGAGCUGAAAGCAUUGCUCAAAGUUGUUCCAAUCUGGUUCACCGGAGUUGUAUUGUCCAUAAACAUAAGCCAGAACACUUUUCCAGUACUUCAAGCGAAUACCAUGGAUCGACAUAUUGGUUCAAGCUUUGAAAUCCCAGCUGCCUCCUUUGGCAUCUUUGCUGUCAUCUCUGCUGUACUUUGGAUUGUCCUCUAUGAUUGUUUGAUUCUUCCCAUCGCAUCAAAAUUGACUGGAAAACCUGCUCAUUUCAGCACAAAAGAGAGAAUGGGGUUUGGGUUGAUUCUCUCCUUCCUGUCAGUUUUAGUGGUGGCAGUUAUGGAAGGUGUUCGUAGAAGUAUCGCAAUCAAGGAGGGGUACUCAGAUGAUCCAGAAGGCGUGAUCCCUAUGUCAGCUAUGUGGCUACUUCCCCAGAAUUCCCUUACUGGCUUCGCGGGGGCCCUGCAUGCCAUAGGCCAAAACGAAUUCUAUAUUUCAGAAUUUCCUAGAAGCAUGUCAAGUGUAGCUGCUUCUCUAUUAGGAGUUGGUAUGGGAGUGGGAAGCUUACUAGCUAGCUUUAUAAUGAGUACUAUCGACAACUUGACCAAAAGAGGAGGGGAGGAAAGUUGGAUAUCGAGCAAUAUAAACAAGGGCCAUUACGACUACUAUUAUCUCGUUCUUGCAGGAUUUAGUCUGGUUAACAUACUGUGUUAUAUUGUUUGUAGUAAAGCUUAUGGUCCCUGUAAAGGGGAGGAAGAAGAGGUAAUGGAAGAAGAGAAGCCAUGAAUUGGUACCAGGAACUUAUAUAUCUUAGCUCGAAAGGCGCCAAUCCAUUAUCCAUAGUGUCAUGCCUAUUUACUCAGAGAAAAACUUUUGCUAACCCCGCACAUAGCAAGAGCUUAGUGUAUCGGGUUGUUUUUUUAAACUUUCUUUUUAUACUUUUCAGUUGAGCAUGGCUGAUGCUAAUGUAUGUAUUAAAUGAAGUUGUAGUCACUAAAUUUUGUGGGGGAGAAGAUAGUUUUAGUUUGGUGUAUAUAACUUUAUAUACCUAAAAAAGUAUAUAUUUUUGUGUAGUUCUUUUUGGUACAUAUUAAUGAAAUAGGAGCUGUGACUUGACUGAUUAGAGGAUGUCGAGUUAGUUAUAACUAACUCUUAACUAAUCUGAUUAAUUAGUUAAUUUGUUAGUGCUAGUAAUUAGUUAGUAUUAGUGGAUUACAAUUAUCAAUACAGUUAGGAUUGUACAUGUAUAUAAUGGAGAAGAUUAGCUAAUUCUCCACACAUUUUUCAUUUUUUUGUAUUCUUCUGUUCUCUAAAUGAAGAAAGGAACAGGUUCUCUUCCAUAUUCUCCUUAGUUUCUAUCUGUGAUAAUUGAGCUUUCAACAUGGUAUCAGAGCUAUUGGCCAUUGAUAUGGUCUAAUCGAGCACAGAGACGUGAGAUUGAACACACGUGGUGAAGGAAGAAAUGGCAGUAACAAUUGACAAUGCAUUGCCUGAAAAACUUAGUCACAAUCAUCCUAUUUUUUUGAAUACUUCGGAUACUUCUGGCGUUGUGUUGAUUUCUAUUCAGCUCACAGGAUCUGAAAACUACUCUGUAUGGAGCUGAUUGAUAAGAAUAGCCAUACUUGGAAGAAACAAGUUAGGGCUAAUCGAUGGAAAGUGCAGGAAGGAAGGUUUUGGUCCUAAUUUGGCUGAGUUGUGGGAACGAUGCAAUGUGAGAGUUCUUUCAUGGAUCAUGAAUUGUGUCUCGAAUGAGAUAUUGAGUGGAAUUGUUUACUCUUCAGAUGCAUGUAUUGUUUGGAGAGAUUUGAUAAGGCGGAUGGUUCGCGGAUAUUUCAAUUGCACAGGGAGAUAGUAACUUUGAUGCAAGGUACAAGUAGUAUAGCAGAGUACUUUACUAAAUUGAGGUUGCUUUGGGCAGAAUUUGACUGCAUAACACCUUUUCCUGGAUGUGAUUGUGAGAAAUUAAGAGAUUUCAUUGAAUUCAUGAAGAGACAAAAACUUUUAUAGUUUCUGAUGGGACUUAACGAAUCUUAUGAGCAAGCUCGAAGUCAGAUCCUCAUGUUGAUUCCAAUUCCCUCAGUAAACCAAGUUUCUUCCAUGAUGAUUGAAAGGGAGAGUCAAAGAAUCAUAGUCAAUUCUGCAGGACCAGCUGUGAAUUUGGAGAUUGCAGCUCUCAUGACUACAAGACAUGCUCACAAUAAGUUCAAGAAGAACUGGAAUAUUCAAUGUGAUCACUGUAAGUUGAUGGGACAUACUAAUGCUGAUUGUUAUUGGUUGAUUGGUUAUCCUCCUGAUUUCAAGUUUAAAAAGAAAUUUGGGAAUAACAUUAGUCCUAAUAUGAAGGGAAAUGAGAAUAGAGGACAUGCACACAAUGUGAGGAAUGAAGAAAGUAGGCCACACAUGGAUGGAGCUCGGGCUAGGGCUGCUUAUGUUGAUUCCUACAAUAGUGUAAAUUAUGAUGCAGGUUGUUCUGAUUCCAAUAGAGGUGGUGAUUGGAGAAAAUUCUCAGGACCUUCCAAUUACUCCCAGAAUCAGUAUAAUCAAAUGCUGCAAUAUAUUGACAAUCCACAACAUUACAAUCAGUUUAGAAAGCUAAUGAGCAAAAACGAUACACUAGAGACUUCAGCAAACAUGAGCAGGGCAUCAGACUCAGCAAACAUGGGAGGACUUCUCAAGUGGGAAGGUGCUGGAGAAUGGUGAAUAGAACGAGGGUCUAUACUUGGUGGAGCACACAAGGGACAAGAAUAAACAACUAAUAAAAGGACUAAUUGCUACUAGGAAUAAAGUGGACAUUCUUCUAUGGCAUAAAGGGAUGGAUCAGGCAUCUGUUGGAACUAUGAAACCUUUGUUUAGUCUUGAUCAAGCUGAAUGUAAACAAGUUCUGGACAAUUGUGAAAUUUGUCCACUUGCUAGACAGACUAGGCUGCCUUUUGCUGUUAGUGAGACUAGAUCUUCUUCUAUUUUUAAUUUACUACACUUGGUUGUAUGGGGACCAUUUCAUAUCUCUACUUUUGAUGUCUAUAAAAUGUUCUUGACUAUUGUUAA